UUGAAAUCCAAAAUGGACUCAGCAGUGCAAGAAUAUGAUUUAACCUUCCAGAGGAUACUAUACGGGAGUGUAUUAAUAUUCAUCCCUCUAAUUCUACUCUCCCAAAAAUAAUGCCUACAGGGAGACUUUCAGCAAACUUAGAGUGCUGUUCAGGGUCUGUGGUGUGGUCAUUAUUGGGAUAUGCAGCUUGUUCUUGUUUAACAGAGCUUCAAAGUAUUUCGCUAAUGAAGAUCCUCCUGCUCAGGGAGAGGACUGACUCCAGCAAAAAGAGUUCGUCGAAUGGCAGAAAUUCAGGCAUAAAUUAGAGAGGGACAUGUACCUCUCAGCCUUGGCCAUUGUCAGUAGUCUCUGUAUCAUGCUUGUCUCCCACUGGAUGCAUAAGUAUUACUCUUAUAUUGACUAUAAGAAUGCUGAGACCAACGAAGAAAGAAAAAAUUAAAAUUAAAAUGAUUUAGUGCUUAAAGAAGGAUUAACAAGAAUAUUC